AUCGUCUCAUCUCACACGCAAGUGCUUUCGCAUAGGUGUGGCCUCGAGCUGCGCUUCCUCUUCCUAUUACACCCGCAGGCCAAACUCGCCUUUUGCAACGAGAGGAAGAUGCAGUCAGCGGCCGUCUCAAACCGACGUGCCUGCGAUCCCUUUUGGGAAGGCUUCCCGUGUGGCAUGACCACGACGGUCAUGUGAUGUGCGCGUGGCGUUGAGGUCCGAGAUCAAACUGCUGCAGGUGUAGAAGAUGGAAGAGGAUCAAGAGUCGGGUCGUAAGUCCCCUCAGGCCCCGGACAUCGUCAAAGCGCCGCAGAAAUGUGAAAUCAAGCGAUACAGCGAGAUCUUCAGAGAGUUUGACAACCUCGAGUUAUCUUUUAUCCCCAUUGACAAGGACGAUCUGCUGUCCGACACUUUCGAAUGCAUCACUCGAGAGAGACCAGAAAUCGCAGAGCAGCACGAACAAUCUGAGCGUUGUGUAACCACUGAAGGUGAUGGGAACUCAUCAGCCCACGAGGCCGACCUGGCAUUAUGCCGCUGUGAGGAUGGUGUGGAGACGGCCCUGCAGUACGCCAAGAUGUGGUGUCGCUACGCCAAAGACCUCCUGGCCUGGAUGGAGAAGAAGCUCAACUUGGAACAAGAAUUUGCCAAAAAUGUCAUGAAGACAUCUGAAGCAGCAAAAGCUAAUUUGGCAGCACAGGAAUCAAUGCCACUACAGUACAUCUACACCAUGGCUCUCGAAGAAGACCUGAAGAACAGUUUGAACUCUCGGAAGACUUCGGACCUUGUGCAAAACCGCUGUUACCAGGCCUUGGCUGCCAAAAGGAAUGAAAUUGAUAAGUGGCGGCGGGAAUUCAAAGAGCAGUGGGUGAAGGAGCAGAGGAAGAUGAAUGAAGCGGUGACUGCACUGAAAAAGUCUCGUCAGCAAUACUUCCAGCGCUGCGACGAGCUGGAGAAGGCCAAAGCUAUCACAGCCAAAACUGUGGACGAUCCAGGUGGCAUCAAAACUCUGGACAAGAGGAGGAAGUCCAAGGAUGAAGCUCAGACGAAGGUGACGGAGUCCGAGCUAUUUUACAGACAGUGCGUGCACGAUGCCAAGAUCCACCAGGAUGAGCUAGUCAAGGUCAAGGAGAGAAUUAUCUCUCACACCCGCAAACUCAUCUGUCAGGGAGACACGGUCCUCAAGCAGGUCACAGUCAACAUGUUCUACUACCAGCGGCAACAGACCGAGCCGGUUCCUCUGGGGUAUCACAACCUGGAGCUCACGUGCCGCUCCCUGGAGCCCGGCGAGCCCUACUUGAUGUACGUACGGAGCAGGCGGCGCCAGGAGACUCCUCUGCAGAUCUUCUCCUUCCAGGAAUAUGUGCCUCAGGGAAAACGGAACAAAAGGAAAAUCAGCAACCCCCUCAGCUCCCUGCAGGACUCCUCACCUCACACAGACGACAGUCCCUACAGACAACCCAGUGACUGUAGGAGAUUUGGCUUCAGUGACAGUGAGAGUGUCGGUGGCAGUCUGGAAUCACUGUCCAGCCCAGCACACUGUCACAGGAGAGGUCACAGAACAUACAACUUGCUUGCCGAUGACAUGGAUGACCGCGAUGUGACAUCUGAAUCUGAGUGUCUCGACGGCCAGCAGGUCAAAGUUCGCACCCCAUCCCGGGCGGCACUAACUCACCGACUCAAGAAAAUGAAGAGCAAGAUGGUGAAAUGCAAGCAGUGCGACAACUACAUUUACGUCAACGGCGUGGAAUGCGAGGAAUGCGGCCUGGGUUUGCACAGGAAGUGCAUGGAGGUGUGUCAGAUGGAGUGCGACAACAACAAGGGCAAGGUGUUUGGCGUUCCCCUGUCUUUGCUGCUGCGCCACGCGCCGGACGACGUCCCAUUUGUGGUGCGACGCUGCACCGCCGAGAUCGAGAGUCGUGCGCUCUCCUUGCAGGGGGUGUAUCGGGUGAGCGGGUCCAAGCCUCGGGUCCAGAAGCUGUGCCAGGCCUUGGAGGAGUUCAAGGAGGACGUGGACCUUUCUGAGGUGUCUCCACACGACGUCACCUGCAUCCUCAAGCACUUUUUCAAGGAGCUCCCGGAGCCCCUGCUGACGUUUGAACUCUACACCGAGUUCAUAACAGCGGGGAGGCGCAUCCAGCAGGUGGGCGAGUGGGACUCGACGCAAGACACUAACGAGUUCACAGACCUUGUUCGUAACCUUCAGCAGCUACUGCAAAAACUCCCUCUGUGCCGUUAUAACACUUUGGAGCACCUCGUACUCCAUCUGCAUAAGGUUUCCAGAAACAACGAGAACAAAAUGUCCUCCAACAAUUUGGGCAUUGUCUUCGGUCCGACUCUCCUUCGCCCCCCUGUGUGUAUGGACCAGCCGGCAGUGGCCCUGCAGGAAAACACCUACCAGGCGUUGCUGGUGGACUUCCUCAUCUCGCACCACGACAAAGUCUUCGUCCACCGACAGAGAGUCAGGACCCCCACUCCUCCUCCGGCCCCCACAGGUCCGCUUCCGGAGACCCCUCCCAGACGCGCCCACCCUCUGGAUGGGGACUUGGACACCCAACCAGAACAAGGAACAUCUUCCAGGGAUCGUCCUUACUCACUCGAAAACGAAAGAAUGAAGAGAGAGUCGAGCGAGGGUUAUAUAUCUGACAAGUCUUCAUCCAAUGAGGCAGUGGACCAGCUCAGCCCCGAAGCCGCUGACAGAGCAGUCCUGGCUAUGAGCGAAGCCCUGAGCAAGACUCAUCAUGACCCAGUGAGGGACUUUGUCUUAGACAAGCCACACUACCGCUUCACCAGGCAGCCUGUCAAGUACCACCGCCAUCACAACCCGAGAGGCCGAGCUUCCGACCAGAGCUGCGACACCGGACGGCCCGCGGUGCCUUCUGGGGACCCUCCAGGAAGCGCAGACAGCAGUCGCAGCUCCUCCCCGGAACGAGCCACACACGGACGUCCCCGGAGUUUGGACGGCGUUGCGGAGGACGUUCCUCCUCUCAGCCCGCGGGAUGUUGUGCAGUACAUGCUCGGACUGGCGCCGGUGACCCGUGCCGCGGUCGACCUCAGCGUGAACGGCCCCGGCCCCAUUGACUUACAGAGGAAGGCGUUGUGUCACUCUCCGAGGGCCAUUCCUGCGGAGCACCACUUCACCUCACCCGCGCAGAAAAUUCUGUCGGGUCUGAAGCUGAGGCGCAGCCAAUCAGGCAGGGAGGAACAACUUUUUGUGUGAGGAAUAACUGGAGCACAAGCAUCUAAUAUGGAUUUAGUCACCAUUGUUGACUUGAAUGUUACUACAAAUGCAUCCUGCAUCUUUUACAUUGUCUUGUCACUGGGGUGGUACUGCUUUUGUAAGCUUCACACUCGACUAGUUAGUACAGUACCUUGAGGGAUGGGGAAAAAAAAUGAAGUAGGAUACGGACAUAAAAAUAAUUUGUCUGAAUCCCCCCCCCCCGCCGCCUCCCCCACCUUCUUUCAGAUUAAAGUCAACCAAGACUAGUGAUCAGAUGUGUUGAAAAGAUUAUCCUGAGUGACUAUCCUGUGGUGUGUCGACUGAGUUUCCCUUCCUUCUGCUCGAAAUCUAUAUAUAUAUAAUUUUUGAAACA